AUGGCCAAAGACAACGACAACCCACCAACUAGAACAGGCAAAGACCAAGCCACGGACCGCCUACACCAGGUCUCAUCACAUAUAUCCCCACUAAAAGACCAACCAAGAAAACCCAAAUCAAAAUCAAAAUCCACAGCAAACCGCCUCCCAGCAGACCACUCAGAUGUACUAGGCCAACUAGCAACGCUUCGCGCAAUAGCUGCAAAACCAGACCCCAACAACCGAGGCUACGUCCGCCAAAAACAAGCAGGCAAGCUAUGGGUACGCGAGCGCAUCGAGCAACUCCUAGACCCCAACAGUUUCCAAGAAAUCGGGUCCGUCUCCGGUACGGUGACAUGGCAAAAGACCGCGCCGAUGCGCGAGAAGCCCGUCUCCUUCGUGCCUAGCAAUAACAUCCAAGGCGCCGGACUGCUUCGCGGCAGGAAGGUCCUUCUCACGGCUGACGAUUUCAGUAUCCGGUCUGGACAUGCGGACGGCGCGAGUACCGGCAAGACAGUUUAUGUGGAGAAACUUGCUAUUGCGCUGCGCGUGCCGGUUGUUAAGCUUGUUGAUGGGAGUUCUGGGGGUGGGAGUGUGACGACGAUUCGGAAGGAGGGGUGGAGUUAUCUUCCUCAUGUUGCGUCGUUUCCGCAUGUUAUUAAGCAGUUGAAUAUGGGAAUUCCAAAUUUGGGGGCUGUUGUUGGACCUGCGAUUGGACUCGGCGCCGCGAGAGUGGUAUCCUGCCACUUCUCGGUGAUGGCAGCUGACAUCGGAGCACUGUUCAAUGCAGGCCCGAAGGUUGUCGAGGGCGCAACAUUCGAAGAAGGCCUCGACUUCCAAGACUUGGGCGGGCCUAUGGUUCAUUGUAUGAACGGCACGAUUGAUAACCUCGCCGCCAAUGAGGCAGAGUGCUAUGAGCAGCUGCGGGUAGUUCUGAGCUAUCUCCCCAAUAGUGGGAGCGAUGCACCACCCACAAUUCCCUGCACUGACUCGGAGGAACGCGAGGAUGUUGCGUUGCGGAGUAUCAUCCCUCGACGACAAGCACGCAUGUACAAUGCCCGUUCAAUUAUCACCUCUGUAGUUGAUAAGGACUCCUGGUUUGAGAUUGGAGCAUUAUGGGGUCGCACUGCCAUUGGUGGUCUUGCUCGCCUGGGUGGCCGUCCUGUUGGAAUUAUCUCGCUCAAUUGUGAGGUGAAUGGAGGUGCAUUGGAUGCUGCUGGCAGUCAGAAGUUGACGCGACUGCUGAAGUUGUGUGAUGUGAUGAAUCUGCCUAUUCUGCAGUUUUUGGACGUCCCGGGCUAUGCUAUUGGAACUGUUGCUGAGCGCACGGCGACAAUGCGUUGGGGCGUCGAGCUUGCCAAGGCUUACUUCAGUUCUACUGUUCCGGUAUUUAACGUGGUUACACGGCGUGUAUUUGGUGUGGCGGGUGGUGUUAUGUUGGGUUGUCGUGAUCCGGUUAUGCAGGUUGCUUGGCCGUCUGGACAAUGGGGUUCGUUGCCUCUGGAUGGCGGAAUUGAGGUCGGGCAUCGACAUGAACUCCGUGAAGCCGAGAAGGUUGGAAAGAAAGAGGAACGGUAUCAAGAGUUGGAAGAAGAGUAUCUACGGCUGAUGAACCCUGUGCGUACGGCAAAUGCGUUUGGAAUCGAGGAAAUUAUCGACCCGAAGGAUACAAGGAAGUUCUGCUGUUCUUGGGCAUCGCAUGUUUAUGAGGUGCUCAUGAAAGAGAGAUUAGCAGACCGAGCAUGUGGGAAGCUCCAGCCUUCUUUUGCCUGA